AUGACGACAUAUCGACCCAUUCAGAAUGAAGGCGUGGACAUGGGAGGUGGCGGAGGGGGGAAAGGGAGUGACCCUCUCUCGGGACCCCUGGGAGGAGAUUAUUUCCCUUCCGGAUUCUGGACACAGAACGGCAGCUCGCCGCAGCCUGCCCCCCCGGCCAGCGAGAAUGUGGUGGCAUCACGCUCCAGUGCCACAACCCCUGCGGUGCCCAAGAUGGGAGUGCGCGCCAGGGUGGCUGACUGGCCCCCGAAGCGAGAGGCUCUGAAGGACGAGGCCAGCUCCAGCCCUUCCCAGGAGAUGGACAGCGGCAAAGCUGGGAGGGAGGGCCUCCUCCCCAGGCCCUCUCAGAAUGGCCAGCUCCCCCCCAGCAGCUCUGGGCCUCGAGCCUUCCACCGCUUAUCCCGCAGGAGAUCCAAGGACGUCGAGUUCCAGGACGGGUGGCCGCGGUCUCCGGGCCGAGGGUUCGUUCCUCUCCGGAACCGGAGCAGCAGUGAGAUCACGCUCAGUGAGUGUGACGUGGAGGAGCCCUUUGAGCCCAGGGGGUCCCGGUACGUGGGGGGGCUGCCUCUCUUCCGGGAGUACGGCAGCACCUCCUCCAUCGACGUCCAGGGGGUCUCCGAGCAGAGCUUUUUGGACAUUCUCAAUGAGUUUCGCAGCGAGAAGCCGGAGCUGGGCGGGACGGGUUCUGAAAAGUGGAAGGAGCUGCUCGGGGCCGGCUCGGCCAUGGCCUCUCACCUGCAUCUCGCCGGAAGCUCGAGGACGGCCGUCCGCAAUGGCCAGUCCCACAAGGACGACUUCCUGCUGCUGCAGCCGAAGGAGAAGGACAAGCUCCGGAAGAAGGCGGCCAAAGGUGGGGACGCGGGCGACUCCUCCAUCUUCCGGAAGCUGCGGAGCGCCAGGGGAGACCUGGAGCCAGCGGGGAAGGCGUUUGUGGAGGCCGACGACGGCGGGGGCCGGCUGCCAGAGGGCAGCAAGCCCUGGAUUUGCCAGAAGAGCUUUGCCCACUUCGAUGUGCAGAGCAUGCUGUUUGACCUGAACGACGUCGCCGCCCACCGGCUGUCCUCUGCGGCCCAGCGGCGGAACACGACAACCGGGGCGUCGGCAGCGUCGGCCGGGGCCCCGGGGGGCCCGGACCCCUCCUUCCCGAGCACGGAGGACUUGAACUACAAGGAGAACUUGGAGCAGGACCCCGGAGACAGCAACAGCAAUGACCUGCUGCUCAGCUGCCCGCACUUCCGCAAUGAGAUCGGGGGCAUGUGCGAGCGCAACGUCAGCUUCUCCCGGGCCUCUGCGGGCUGUCCGGGUGGGGGUGGCGAGGGCCGGGCGCCGGAGCCCGCCCUGGGCACCUGCUGCACCAACGCCAGCAUCUCCGUGCUAGAGGUCCCCAGGGAGGGGCAGAGGGCUCACAGCAGGCCCAAACUCUACAACAUCGAGCACGUGGACCUUGGGGCGCGCUACUACCGGGACUAUUUUGUUGGCAAAGAACACGUCAACUACUUUGGGGUGGACGAGAAGCUGGGGCCCGUCGCCGUGAGUGUGAAGCGUGAGAAGCUAGAGGACCACAAGGACCAUGGCCCUCAGUAUCAGUACCGCAUCAUCUUCCGGACCAGCGAGCUCAUCACUCUUCGGGGCUCCAUCCUGGAGGAUGCCACCCCUACAGCCACCAAACAUGGAACGGGCCGAGGCCUGCCCUUGAAGGAUGCUCUGGAGUACGUUAUCCCUGAGCUCAACAUCCAUUGCCUCCGAUUGGCCAUAAACACUCCCAAAGUGACCGAGCAGCUAUUGAUGCUGGACGAACAGGGGCUGUGUCGGAAACACAAGGUGGGCAUCCUGUACUGUAAGGCUGGCCAGAGCUCAGAGGAAGAGAUGUACAAUAAUGAGGAGGCGGGCCCAGCCUUUGAGGAAUUCCUCUCGGUGCUUGGUGACAAGGUCUGUCUCAAGGGCUUCAACCGCUAUGCUGCCCAGCUGGAUGUGAAAACUGAUUCCACUGGAACACACUCUUUGUACACAACGUAUCAGGAGUACGAGCUCAUGUUUCACGUGUCCACCAUGCUUCCCUACACCCCCAACAAUCGGCAGCAGUUACUAAGGAAGAGACACAUAGGAAACGACAUCGUGACCAUCAUCUUCCAAGAGCCUGGAGCCCUGCCCUUCACCCCCCAGAAUAUCCGUUCACAUUUCCAGCAUGUCUUUAUCAUUGUCCGAGUUCACAACCCUUGCACUGAUGCUGUUUGUUACAGUGUGGCUGUGAGUCGAUCCAAAGAUGCCCCUCCAUUUGGCCCUCCCAUCCCAAAUGGAGUCACAUUCCGUAAAUCAGAUGUGUUUCGAGACUUCUUAUUGGCCAAGGUGAUAAACGCCGAGCACGCUGCCCACAAGUCUGAUAAGUUCCACACGAUGGCCACUCGGACAAGGCAGGAGUACCUCAAGGACCUGGCCGAAAACUGUGUGACCAACACUGCCAUUGACUCCACAGGGAAGUUUAACUUGAUCUCCCUGACCUCUAAGAAGAAGGAGAAGACAAAGGCUCGGGUGGGCGCCGAGCAGCACAGCACAGGGGCCAUCGCGUGGAGGGUGGCUGCUCAGGAUUUUGCACAAGGGGUGGAGAUCGAGUGUAUAUUGGGGAUUUCAAAUGAGUUCAUCAUCCUCUUGGACCUACGCACCAAGGAGGUGGUGUUCAACUGCUUUUGUGGGGAUGUCAUCGGCUGGACCCCAGACUCCUCCAUGCUCAAGAUCUUCUAUGGGCGAGGGGACCACAUCUCCAUACGUGCCUCAGAAGGGUUCCCCGAAGACAUUAGGGAAAUUGUCCAGAGACUCAAGGUUAUGACCAGUGGCUGUGAAACAGUGGACAUGACCCUGAGGCGGAACGGGCUGGGCCAGCUGGGCUUCCACGUCAAGUACGACGGCACCGUCGCCGAGGUGGAGGACUACGGCUUUGCCUGGCAGGCGGGACUCCGACAGGGCAGCCGGCUGGUGGAGAUCUGCAAGGUGGCUGUGGUCACCCUCACCCACGACCAGAUGAUUGACCUGCUACGGACCUCAGUCACUGUGAAGGUGGUCAUCAUCCCCCCCUUUGAGGACGGGACUCCUCGGAGGGGAUGGCCAGAGACCUGUGACAUGAAUACCUCGGAGCCAAAGGCCGAGCCGGAGAACAUGGCGGCCCGGCCCCCGUACCGGAGCAGCUCUGCCUGGCAGUGGAGCGGGCCCGCUUCCCACAACUCCUUACAGACCUCCAAGUGGGCGGCCCCUGGCACCACAGGCCAUGCCCAGUCGCUCAGCCGGCCGCCGAAGCCCACCCCGGGGGUCCCGUACCGGGAAACCCAGCCGCUGCACGGCAAACGGCCCGUCAGCUUUCCAGAAACUCCCUAUGCAGCCUCACCAGCAGGGGUGGACAGAGUCCAGCCUUAUCGACAACCUUCGGGGAGCUUCUCCACUCCAGGCUCGGGGGGAGCCUCCUCCUACUCCCGCUACAAGCCGUCCCCAGAGAGAUAUGCAGCCUCUCAGCAUCCUCUGCUGCCGCUGGAACCCCACUACGGCCACGAGGGGCUGUCCAGUGGCGACUCCUCCUCAGGUGGCCUGACCAGCCAGGAGAGCACCAUGGAGAGGCAGAAGCCAGAGCCCCUGUGGCACGUGCCAUCUCAGUCCCGCCUCUCAGCCAUGGGUGGAAACAGCGGGAGCAGACACGUCAGCAGACAAGACAUGGCAGGCAAAGAUUCCCCCAACAGGCAUUCCAGAGGCGAGCCUCAGUACUCGAGCCAUUCCAGCAGCAACACACUGUCCAGUAACGCGUCCAGCAGCCACAGCGAUGAGCGGUGGUUCGACGGCCUGGACGCCCUGGAGGCCGAGCAGGACCCCCUAUCUAAGGGCGGCUCCAGUGACAGCGGCAUCGAGACCACCAUCUGCACCGCCAGCCCCGGCGGCCUGCCCCCCGCCAAGACCUCGCGGCCUCCCAAACUGCAGAAGCCCACUUACGGCGGCCACGAGGCCGGGGGGCGGCUCGGGGACAAGCGGCGGGAGGCUCCGCCGGCCGGUCAGGCCAAAGGCUACCGGCCCAAACUGUACUCGGCCAGCUCGAGCACACCCUCAGGACCCACCGGGAGCAGCCACGAGCUGCUGAAGCAGCCCAGUAACAUGAGCUCCCGAGCCACCUACCCCGCUCAGGUUUACAGAACGCCAGCCUUGGAGAACCCCAGGGCCCCUCAGCUGUCUGCCUCGGUCCCCAAGUCCUUCUUCUCCAAACAGCCUGUCCGGAAUAAGUACCCCACAGGAUGGAAGAGAGCAGAGGAGCCCCCCCAACCCAGGCCGCUGGCCUUCUCUGACCCUAAGAAGCAAAUUGACAUGAACACGAAGAACGUGUUUGGGCAGCCCAGGCUCCGGGCGUCCCUGCGGGACCUGCGCUCGCCCCGGAAGAACUACAAGUCGACCAUCGAGGACGACCUCAAGAAGCUCAUCAUCAUGGACCCCCUGACCCCGGAGCAGGAGCGGGACUCCUCGUCCCCUCAGAAGGCCCUGCAGAGGACCCUGUCCGACGAAAGCCUGUGCAGCGGCCGGCGGGAGGCCGCGUACGCGAGCCCGGCCUGCUUUGAGCCCGGCCUGCCCAGCGACGUCCUCUUCACGAGCACCUACCCUUCGAGCACCCUGCCCUCCCGCCGUCAGCACCCGCACCCGCACCCGGCCGGCGGCAACGGCUUCCCCGAGAAGAAAUCCACCAUCUCGGCCUCGGAGCUCUCCCUGACGGACGUGCGGGACCGGCCGCUGAGGCGCCUGGACCCCGGGAUGAUGCCCCUCCCCGACACCGCCGCCGGCCUCGAGUGGUCCAGCCUGGUCAAUGCCGCCAAGGCCUACGAAGUGCAGCGAGCCGUCUCUCUGUUCUCUCUCAAUGACCCGGCCCUGAGCCCCAGCAUUGCACCAGCACACAGUCCGGUCCAUUCGAGCCUGGAGAGGCCGCCCGCCAGCCCCCGGACCACCCCCACCAUGAGUGAGGAAGCCCCCGUGGACCUGCCUGGGAAGGUGUACCAGCUAGAAGUGAUGCUGAGGCAGCUGCACAGCGAUCUUCAGAAGGAGAAACAGGACAAGGCGGUCCUGCAGACCGAGGUGGCCACUUUGAGGCAGAACAACCAGCGGCUGCAGGAGGAGUCGCAGGCGGCCAACGAGCAGCUGCGAAGGUUCGCGGAGAUCUUCUCCAGCACGGUGGAGAAGAAGGAGCCCUGACGGCCCUCCACACUCCCUGCCCGCCCUGCCCCCUCGGCCGGCCCGCGCCCCUUCCCCGCUGCUCCAGCCAUAAGCGGGUCGCCGUGGCCAGGUACGCCGGAGGCUGGCGGGUGCCCAGGGCCGCCUCCGAGCCCCCUCCCGGGCCUGCGAAGGGCCGCUUUGGGUGCUCAGGGAGCAGCCGCCCACUCCGGGUCUCCCCCGGGGCUCGGGGGCCAGGCUGUCCCGGGCCACGCCAGUGACUGUCUUCCUCACUCCCGUGAAGCCUUGGCCCGGCCGGCCGGCCCUCGGGGUCGGGAGCUCCAAUGCAAUAUAGAAACCCUCCCUCGGGACCAACAGCGCCGCCUCCCUCCCCGGAAAAGCCUCGGAGCACUUUUUUCCAAGCUGAAGUACUUUCUAGUAAACCCAAGAUGGAGAAAUCCCGACAUUCGGAGUGUAAAUGUUCUUUAUUGAGACACAGAGAGAGAAACACUAUAUUUGUAUAAAUGGGACAGUUUGUAAUCUUUUUUCUACGAGACUCGUCGGGCCGCUGUGGGCGGCCUCCUGGGCCCGGGGCGGCCUGGAGCCAGAGGGGGGCCCGUCCUGCCCCUCGGGGCCUGCCAAACUACUGAAUGGGAGCGUGUCUGAGGGCCUCCCCAGCUCUUUUUGUUUGGGGGGGUGCUUCACCUCUUCCUGGGCUGGGGAUGGUUCCGGGGGCCUCCAUCUUUUUUCCUUUGAAAGGCCCCCAGCCUCGCUGGGCUCUGGUCGAGGCUUCGGGCCUGCUCGUGGAGGACACACUGUGGAGGAAGUGCACCCCCCCCCCCCCAGGCGCGGCCGCCUGCAGCUUCUCUAAGGCAAUAAGGAAUGGUGGGCCCGGCGGCCAGCCUGCCCCCCCAGCCCUGCAGCUACACGCGGUACUAUGCUGGGAGCUUAGGAAAAGAGCAGCUGUUUUUUGUUUUUUUUUUCUUCUAAAAAAAAAGUAUAAAUAUAAUAUAUAUUUAUUUUUUCAUGCAAAGCCACCACAGAACAAUUCACUAUUAAUCCUCUGUGGCUCUAUCUCCAGCCUCACGCUGAGGACACACACUAGAAGCCCGAGUUCGCUCCCCUCUCGCCCCCCGGUCUGCCCCAGACCCCCCCCCCCAGGCUGGAGGAAGACGGCAGAGCCGGGGGGCGGCCACACGUCACGUCUUCCACGGCCCAAGAAAGGCACCCUGGGGGCUGCAGACUUGGGCUGCCGCUAGGCCGGGUUUUGUCCAAAGAAUCCUCGGCUCCCCUCUGGAACACAGGGAUGGGGUUGGGCGCAGGGGAGGGGCCCCCCUUUAUGGGGGCAGGAAGGGGAAGGAGGAAGGGUGUUCGCUAACUGCGUCUUCCUCCGAUGUAAUGAGGCCCCUUCAUUUUCAGACCAGCUCAGUCCUGACUGGCUGGGGGGGGCCAGGGAUAAAAUAUUUGAGAUGGGAAAACGCUCCAUAAAUCUCCCCGCUUCCCCUCCCCCGCCCUCGGCCCACCAGAUGGGCAACGGGGAGGCCUCGGUGGGUGCGGGCCGCAGCUGCCCGGGCCCUCCGCCUCCCAGGCCAGUGGCCUUACUGUGAUGUCCUUCCCUCUGGGGUCUGCAGCCCCCUCCCCGCGCUCUUGUCUCCUCUUCUUCGUGUCUAGGGAUCAUUCCAAUCCUUCUGGGGCGUGAUUGUCUACCUUGACCAAGUGUAAAGGAUGGCCGUUGCCGCUUUUUGUUAUCGUUUUGUGAGGAUCUCUGCAGAUCAAAUCUGUCUAUUUAAUUUUGACCCAGCAUUCCUCCCCACUGGGAGCAGCACCUUUUCCUGCGUCGUCUUUUGGUUUUUUAUUGGGGGGCGGCACAUUCUUUUUGUCACUGUUAUUCUCCCCCCCUCGAGAUUAGGGGUCUUCUUUCUGGAAGUUUCAGAGGAAAUAAAUGUUUCAUAGAAA